AACGAUAUCUGGGUUGAAACUCGCCUUUUUGGACUUCUAUGGGUCUAUUUUACAUGCUGCGAUGGAGUUGUUUACGAUAUCACUGAUUGGGCCACUUGCGAGGUAAAUUUCCUCAAGCAUGUUCGUCCAAACUCACACACCGUCCAGUAUCGCUUAGUCUCACCAGCAGCAACCAGUACUGGGAAACUCUCCAGCAGUGAUCCAUCUUCUCAUCGUUUUAGCGACAGAAUGCGUGAACUUGCUGAAAUCGCCGAUGGUUUUCGUCCAGGGCAUGCGCAAAUCUCGUACCUACCACUGGAGCCUCGAGAUGAGGAUCGCUCACGCCGUGCGGCAAAUCGACGUCAGAAGAAAUGGCGCUGA